AUGGAAGAAGAGGAGCGGUCGUCUUCGUCGUCGUCGUCGCCGCCGCCGCCGCCGCCACCGCAGGCGGCGGGAGAUGGAGGGGAUAUCACCGGAGAGACGCAGGAGAGCGUCUUUACCAGGCUCAGGCUCUACUGCCUGGAGCUGCUGGCAAUCGUCCGGAGCCCUAGGAGGGACGCUCCUUUCCUCACCGACAUGGCCGAGUUCCUCCGCCACUCCUCGGGCUUCGUCCUCCAGCCUUGCCUCGAGUAAGCCUCCUCCUCACCGAGAUUGUCUGGAGGCGUGUUUUGGAUCUGCUUCCUGAUACUGUGGGAGUUUGUUCCGGACUGUUUUCAUUCUGUCUAGUGGGCUCCUGGGAUUGGGAAGUGAUUACAUAUGGUUUAGAGUCGGGAUAAUUCCUUGUGUUGCGAUUGCAGAGUCGUGAGCAUUGACAUCGAGAAUGCUAUGCCUUCAUUCGGGGUUUUAUGAUGAUAGCACCUUCCUGAUGUUGUUUAUUCAAUUUUCCGUAAAAUCUCUUGUUGACCGAAUGACUCGGUUAUCAUUGAUUGUCUAUGUUUCAGCUACACCCUGCUUCCACUUUUACUUCUUUUGGAUGGGGCUACCGGAUGCAGGUCCCCGCAAAAGGCACCAACAGAGGGGAUUGCCAGGCCUGGCGGCACGGAAAUGAAGAGACACGUGAUUAGCGAUAGCGUGGCUGAGGGUGUGCUGAGAUGUCUGGAGGAACUUCUGAGCAAGUGCCAUUUAACAUCUGUGGAUCAGGUGCGUUCUGUGAUAAAACUGUUGGCCCUUAUUCUCAAAUGAUUCUGGAAAAACGGACAAUGAGGCGUAGGUAAUGUAAAGGCGUUUUAUGAACAUCUAAUUCGUCCUCUUAUACAAGAAACAAUAUGAGGCACCUUCUAGGACAUUAUAAAUAUGUAGAGAAUAUUAACAGCAUAGUUCUUCUUAAAUACAUGUUGAGGUAAGGAAAUUGAAACUCAGUGGGUUCUUGGUUUAGUUACGCUAAAAGAUUUCUUUGGUAAAUUUUUCAUUUCUUCGUCUGAGUCAGUCCUUAUCCCUGAACAUGUAAAUGGAUGUGGUUUUGUUUUUUUUAAAAAGUUUAAUUUUGGGUAAAUGACUUCUUUUGAGAAAAAAACUAAUCAAUUUGGAAACAGUAUACAUGCAGCAAUUUUAGAUUGCGUUUUUAUAUGACUCAAAUUGUGGGGAUCAUUGAUGUUUCAUCAGUGUAUCAUUAUGAUGAAAACUGUAACCAGAUGAAAGUGAUUAGAGUUGAUUCUGUUGAUCAACUUUGAUAAUAGCCUCAUUGGCAUGCAACUAGAGAUGCUACUCAUUCACCACUAUUUGCUAUCCUUAGCUUUGGGUUGGGGGAGUGGAGGGGGGGGAUAUUUCAUGUAGUUAUGGGAUUUUUGAAUCACAUUUCGUCACUUAUGCAAAUCAAGAACUAGGAUGUUAUAGCCGUGUUGCCGUCUAUGCCAGUUGGGCCAAUAUUUCAAAGUUUGUUUGGGAUUAUGAUUUGAAUCUAGAAGUAAGUCUUUACAUUCACCCUAUUUUUAGCAGAAAACCUCAGGAGUCCAUUUGACUCAUUUUGAAAACCAUCCUCCCACAUUAAAGGCAUGACAUAUUUUUUCGAUGUCUUGUUGUCUUUAAUAGGACAUGGAAUCACUUUGAAAGGCCGACCUACAUGGCUUGGUCAAUUCUUAUUAUAUAUUUAAUCCAUGAAAGUGGACUAGGUAGUGUGAUUUGGCAGACUGCAGGUAUGAGCAUAUUAUGAAAAGCUGUGAACACUGCAUUUGUUUUAGUGAUAACGGGUAAGAUUUUUCUAAGAAUUGUAUCUCACUGACCCAUUCCAUUACUUCCUUGCAUUCCAACUCCGAUGUGGUAGAGUACUAGAAAUUCACAAAAGUUUCUUAUUUCUUAAAUGAUCCUUCCUUACGUGACCAUAGUGCAUCCAAUUUAUAUUUAUUUUGUCGAAUUGCAAACACUUUUGGCAAAGAAUAUGUCAUCAUUGAGCAUACAACCCGAUUUCUGGCCUUCUCAAGGAGUAAAUCAUCUGCAUAAAUAAUGCUCUCUGCAACCUCCUCAAAACCAGGGAACAAGACUGUUCAAAUAUAGCUGUAGAAAAGUUGGAAUAAUGCAGUAUAUCAUGGAAAAUUAAUGGUAAGAAAUAAGCAUAAACUGCAUGAUUGAAUGGGAAAGGAAAAUAUUGAAUCUAGCAUGAUGAAUUGAUCACAAACUCUGCCUAAGAGUUUUCCUGGUUGCAUAAUUUCUCAAUUGUGUACUGCCAUCUAUGUCGCUAAUUAGGCCUUUUUUAUAUACUUAUUGAGACUUAUAUUGAGCCAUUUUAUGGAACCAUAUCUUUUCAGAUGGUUAUGGUACUGAAGAAGUUGGCUAUGGGAGCUUCACUUCCAUCAUCUUAUACUUCAGAAGAAUUUCGUGAGGGAAUCAUCAGAUGCGUACGGGUGCUUCUUCUUCAGUUGAAGCCUUGUUCCUCAGAAUCAUGUACGUGUAAACAAGUGGCUCCCUUGUCCACUUGGGCACUCAGCAACAUCUUGCAAGGUUAUGCUAGUGCUGCUUCAAAGUAUCACAGAGAAUCAGAAGACUGUCUAAUGGCAUUUCUUCAAUCUUCAAAUAAUUCUGCAGCUGUUGGACACUGGUUAUCACUACUUCUCCAGGUGUGGAAAUGAUUGUCUCAUUGCAGUUAUCUCCCCAUCAGCUUAUCCUUACUUUUCUUGUUUUAAUGUCGAAAGAUUGGAGAAACUGAGGCUGAAAGAGGGCUCCGUGGCAGUGCAAAGCUGCGCAAGGAGGCAUUCUUAACACUUCGUAUUCUCAUCGCAAAGGUAUAGUUGGGGAAGGAUGCUUCUAAACCAUUUGAAUUAUAGAGUCCUUCAAGUGAUAAAAAUGUGGCAUUUCUUUGCAUCAGUUGGACUGUCGUAUACUGACUUCCUCCUGUUAAUCCUUUGGUUUAUGCCAUUUUGUGAUCCCAUUGAUCAUUACUGAUGGGGGGGUUGUGUGUGUGUGUGUGUGUGAGAGAGAGAGAGAGAGAGAGAGAGAGAGAGAGAGAGAAGAGAGAGAGAGAAGAGAGAGAGAGAGAGAGAUUGCCUUGCUCAUGAAAUCCUCAUGGGGGGGCUGAACGGUUGUGAGACAUCAUUUGCUACUUCAGCUUUGCACAUCAUAAUAAUGGAGUGCCCUACAGGUUGUUUAUAUUUCUUGCCAACAAUCUCUUCACCCUUCUAUUCCCAAUCUUACACGUGGGUUCUUUUUUAAAACUUUUUUUCAACAAACACGUUUCAAAUCAUUGAAGGUCUAAAGAUGGGUGAAAACCCUCUCGCUUUUGUUGUAUCAACUGCUCAUUUCCUCACGUUGAGAUUAUAAAACCCUGAGAAUAUUUGCAGAAUCGCAUCUUUCAAAGGGCACAAGUGUACUAGAAUCCCAAAACAAAGUUCUGGUCUUCUCCCUGGCAUCUUCUCUGCCAUAUGCCAGGGGUAUAGGGGGGAUGGGUCGGUUCUGCAUGCCAUUUUCGGAAGGUAUGGUAGAGGUGGUAUUUUAGAGUGUUUUGAUUGUUGUAUGGUUAGAACAGCUAUUCUUCGCAAAGGGCUGUUCUUUUUUUCAGAUAAAUGCCUGUUCUCGGAAAAUCCAUUAUCUCUUUCUUUAUUAGAUUAAUGAGGUGUUGAAUGGCAUUGGCCCAUGUGUUUGUGCUCCCGUGGUCAUCCACCAUGGGUUCUAAUAUAUUGCUUGUUAUUUUUUUAUGCUUCUCCAUAUCAUCCCAAGUGGUCUAUCUUUUACUAAUGAAUAGUCGUAGUGUCCUUUUUUGUCUAACUUUGCAUGCAGAAUUGGUCUUUUUUGGAUAUCAGCCCACUACCUCUUUGACAUAUUGGCCUUAUUUUUCUGUUAUAGGUCGGUACCUCUGAUGCCCUUGCAUUUUUCCUUCCUGGUGUGGUCAGUCGCCUUGGGAAAGCUCUUUAUGUCAACAAAAGUAUGUUAAGCGGCGCUGCUGGAAGUGUUGAAAGCAUUGACCAUGGAAUAAGAGCCUUAAGUGAAGUUCUGGUGAUUGUUCUUAGGGAUCAAAUGAAUGGUAAUGCCCUUGAGGUGAAGAUGGAUAAUUUAAAUGAGUUACAAUCUGACAGAAAGGAACUUAGUCAAUCUGUUUUGGAGACCCUCCGUCAAUUACCUGUGAAAGGGCAUGCCCAAGAAGAUAGUUUAGUUGUGUCUCCAAUAAAUCUGUCUGGGAGUGAGCACUCCUUGCUGAUACAGAGAAAUGCAGAUUCUGAUGGAAGUACAAGGUCCUUUUAUGUGCAGCGUACAAAAGAAUGGAUUGAGCAAACAGCUCUUCAUGUGGAUCAACUGUUAUCUGCUGUACUUCCACAUGUAUGAUUUAGCAACUGCACUGUCUUCUCUGGCAUUUUCAUUAUUUUGCGAUGUUUUAAGUGUCAGUUUGAUGUCACAUGACGUUAUUUUACAUUUUCUGUAUAUUUUCAAUCAGCUUUGUAUGCAUCCUGCUGAAAAGGUCAGGCAAGGCGUUGUUGCUAGUAUUAGAAGAAUAUUGUUAAAUUGCUCCAGUUCAUUGAAAAAAAGCAAAUUAAUGCUACUAGUAAGUAAUCUUACCCCUCUUGUGACCAAUAUUUUUUCUUAUGUUGUUCGUUUGAUAGGAAACGAUACUUUGAGUGUCUUUUUCGCAUGAACUAUCUUAUGGGCAGUCGAUAGAACCACAAUUGUUAACUAGUCAACAGUGUGCACGUUAAUAUUGUUUAAAUAUAGUGCUGGAAGUGUAGAUAGCAACUCAACAAUGUUUGCAUGUGUCCUUUUUAUCCUGAUAUUCUAUGUCAUUUGAGCCCAUGAUUUAGUUUUUUGCCUUAUGGUAUUUUCAAUUGCCAUUACAGUGGUUGUGGAGACUAUAAUCUAUGGUGAUUGUAGUAGUUUUUAUAUAUCUUGAAGAAGCUGUCAUUUUUAGUUGCAAUUCAGAACCUUUUUUAAUAUGACACAUGUUUUCCGUCCUGAUGAUGAUGUAAAUUUAAAGAUUCAGUCUGGAAUCUAGAAGCAGGUGAUUUUGUGAAAAAACGCAAUUUUGGACCAAAAUAGUUAUUCGUCUCAAGAUGAAUUACCAGAUACCUAUCUGAUCUUAUGAAUCCAACAUUUUGUGUAAGAACCAUGAGAAGUCGAUACUCGAUACUUGAAGAAGGCAUAUUUUAUGUCAUGCUUGAAGAUUAUUCUCAAAGCCUUGUGUUUUAGGAUACCUAUUUUGCCAAAGCUAGGCAAACCUAAUUCUUUUUUAAAAGCUAACUUUUUCUCAUAGUUUGCUCAAUUCUGACACAUUUCUAAGUUUCACAUCAACAUUUGAUGAGUUUCUUGAAUUUCUAUGUACAUACACGCAUUGAGUGUGUGCUUAUUGCUUUGUAAUUAAUCAAAACCUCAAGCAGUUGGAAUUGUAAAUGUUAUUUUGCUAGAAUGUCUUAAGAAGUUUCGUGACAUAAUCCAUUUACUAAAACUGAUAUUUUGCACCUUCGGUCGUCUUUUAAAGCUAGUAUUUUCUUAUUUGAAGUAGGUAAUAAAAAUGCGCACAUUCACUUCUAAAUUUUUUUAUUCAAAUUGCGUAUAAUUUUGUCCAACAUGUUGAGAUAAUUUGAAUGUUUUUUGUUUGAUCAUGCAUGCAUGUUGAUCCCAGUCAGCUAUCCAGAUCUAGCAUUAAGAGGGUAAAUGUUGCUAAAAGAUAGCGCAGAAGACACAGAAUUCUAUGGUUCUGUCUAAUUCAAGACGCUCUACUCUUCAAAUAUUACCCUAGGUAGUUGUAUUAAGUUACCCCUAACCAAUAAUAAGUAGUUCCUCGAUGUGCUCUCCACACUUUUGCUUACACCACCACGAAGCCUUGCAUGAGGAGAAGCUUAUACAAGAAAAGGACAAGAAGAAAUAAAUAGCUUAAACUACUAAUAGAGUUCAGGAUAUCAAAACGAAUCUCGAGGACGCACUUAAUUUUUGAUCAACUAUUGAGUUAGCUUAGAUAGUGAGAUUCAAGUUUUCAAAAUUAUGAAUCAGUGGAACCCUUUAAUGAUCUUCAAAGAGGGCUACUAGUAAUUUCCAAGAACCAUUCAACAAUCAGAAAAAGGACUAAUUUUUCAAUCUUUUAUGAUUAAAUUUCGAGUAAAAUAAUUAUUCCAAGUUCUCAAGUGUUGUAACUGUAAUUGUCACAUUGUGGAUCAAGCCUUUAACCUUAUCAGUGUCAAAUCUCAAGUCCUGAUAAAUCUCAAGUGUUAAUUCUGAACCCACAUGUUAACCUCGAGCAGUAGGUGUCGCCAUUGUGAUUGUCUGUUUGUAUUUUGAUUACAAGUGUCGGCACUUGAUGCAAUACUUUUACUUGAUACUAUAUUUUUGACACAUCACAGCUUAUUUUUUGCAUGUCUUGCCCUGUAAUUGAGGGCUCAACUCUUAUCCUACUUUCUUCAUUUUAGGCUUUUUCUGGCUUAUAAAAACCUUAUUUUCUUUGCCUAAAACUCACGUUCAAAAUUCGUGGAAGUUAGUGUGACACUUAAAGCUUUGUAAUCUUUAAACCAAUCUUUCAGGUUUAGGAACCUCAGUCUUUUUUAGGGUUACAAAAUCCUUUAAGACGUGAUAGCUAUUUCUCCCCUCUUUGUGAUAAUGAAAAUAUGUGAUGAAAGGCAUUUCAUUCAUUUCGUGAAAAUAUGGCAGUAAUUAGAAGUUUGGAGUGAUCAAGCAUCAUCGUAUUUGUAGGAUUUUAAGUACAACUAUUAUUAUUUUUUGACGAAAAGUAAAAUUUAUUAUUCUGAAAGAUGAUUCAUGAUCCCUGAACUGAUAGCUACUUGUCAGAAUUCCAUUGUAGAAUGGAGUUGGUGUUACAAUUCAGUGAUUAAUGAAAAUGAUUAGGUUGAAGCAACAUUCACCAUGGGAUCUUGCAGGAAGGUGAAUAAGAUUUUAACCUGGAUUUUAAAGUCAAGCAGUUCAGAAUAGAGUCAGUUAACUCUGGCUUCCAUGGUUCCCAUGCCUGUGAUUUCAUAUCCUUCAUUUAUAAUAAAUUGGUAUAUGGAUUCAUGUGUAGGGUUCCUCUGCUAUCCAUCAUUCACUUUUCCUCCAUGUCAUUUGGAAGAUUCCUUCAAGUACUCUUAAAAGUUUGCUGAUCUAUGUGGCCGUCUAUUACACAAUAAUUCUCCAUCUUCUUCUUUAUAAAAGUGCAAGUACUAGUAUCUUGAAAGUUACAGGCCUCUUGAUCCUGGUAUCGGUAGGAGAAUGGCUCAGUCCAUGGGAAAUGUUGUUGACAGCUCUGUGCAGAAGCCGUUUCUUUCCCAUGGGUAUGACUGAUGUUCUUCAUUAGACCGGCUGUUUGUCCAUGCUGUAUUUUGGUGAUUUGGCUUGGAGUUUUUGUCGUUAUUAUGUGUAUUACAGUCUGUACAAGUUGGCUUUAUGGUGUUUAUAUGUUACAGGGAGUUGAGAUGGUAAAACACAAUUCUACAUUUAGUUGAGCCAUAAAAUUCCCAGCAUAGCCUCUCCUUUUCUGUUAAGCAGAUUUAUAGAGCAGAAGCAAUAAGUGCUCCAGGCUAUUACAGCAGUAGAGCAAUGAUAUUGAUCCAGCAUGAGAUGAGACAUGACUCCAUGAUGUAAACCAGAAAGAAGUAUUACUUUGGAUUCGCUGAUUUUGUCAUCACUGACAAAUUUGAUCUAGAAACCAGACAAAUACUCGUUUAUUUCAUGCUUUCCUUUUGUUUCCUCACCCAUUCACAUCACUUAUAUGAUCUUCUUUUCAUUAUCAACACUCCACUUUUUACAAUGUUACUUUUGAACUUCUCAUAAUGAAUACUGUUCAAACGUCCCUUUAUUUAUCUUGACCUUUGAUCAGUAUUUUGCACUCAUAAACAUGCUGCUUUCGGAAUUGAUGUAUUUCAAGGGCUUAUCUCAUCACUUCAUUCUGAAUAAUGGUAAUGAAGGUUCUAGAAGUCGGUUUUGCCAGACAUUUUGAUAAAAAAUCAUAUUAUUAUCUAGGCUUGCUUUGGUCCCUUUCUAGAUUGUUAGGCAUGCUCAAUUCUGUGUGCUUAUUUUUUUCUGCUCCUGGCUACAUAAUUGCAGGAAUGCUUAUGUGUUCUGGUUUGUGAUGAUUCAGAGGCCGUGUUGUCAGAUGCACAGGAGGCUGUUGAAUCCCUUUUAAAGUUCAAGAACAAGUACUUCCUAGAAACUGAUCUUGCAGUGUUGUUUAACAGGUAAGUAUGCUUCUUUUUUGUGUGAAAUUCGGACUUGUUACUUCCGUGGAUGAAGUUGUUACUCCAUUUCCAGGCUGAUAGAAACGUUUCCAAGAGUUGUUCUUGGUGGUGAGGAGACCAUCGCAGUAUCACACGCACAGAAGUUAUUUGCAUUGAUGUAUUAUGUUGGUCCUGGUUUUGUGGCUGACCACCUUCUUCAACCCCCUGUAAAAGAUCUGAACUUAUCAUUCGUUGUCUUGCUGCUAAAGAUUUUUGUAGUUUAUGAAGAAAUAAUUUUCAACUUACAUGAAACUUCUGCACUCUGUUUUUGUAAUUUGCAGAUUAAAGCUAUUCGCUUUAUGGAGUUUUUAAUGUCAUCAUUCAGUCAGAGUUCACUAUAUUCUGGCCCACUGAACAACUUGAUUUUGUCAAAACCAUUAUCCACUGGGUACUUGCAUUCCAUUGCUGAGUUAAAAGCUGUCAGUCUCUUUGAGUUUCCCGACCAUGACAUCACUAGGCUUUCUCCUGCUGUACCACAAAUUUCUUUUGUACAGAGCAAUGAUGUAUACGGAAGUUUUGAACUUCCACGCAUGCCUCCAUGGUUUCUUACAGUUGGCAGUGAUAAGUUAUAUAUGGCUCUCUCAAGAUUACUUAGACUUCUUGGUUUAGCCAUGACCGCAGGUAGUUAGCAUUUUCAAGAUACUGUGCAAAUUUUCAUCUCAAUUGAAUACACUUCAUAUAUUAAUUAUGUUUCUGUUCGUUUAUUCUGGCUAGAGCACAGAAGCGACGUAUCAUUGUCUCUUCUUAUCGAUAGUCCCCUUGAAUGCGUUCGAAAGUUGAUUUCUGAGAUCCGGAUGAAAAGUUUUGGUAAAGAAAAUUGGCACUUGUGGUAUGCUAGAAGUGGUUCUGGCCAGUUCGUUCGUCAGGCAAGUACUGCUUCAUGUGUUAUAAAUGAAAUGAUAUAUGGGACGUCUGAUCAAUCGGCAGUUCUGUUUGCUAAGUUUUUUGGGAAAAACAAAUCCAAGAUAGGGAAGUCUCUGGAAAAUCAAGCAGCGGAUGCAAAUGAUAAACCUGAUUUCAAUCUAAGAAAGGAGAAAUAUGUUUGGAAGACUUCUCAGGAUGCUAAGGAGCAAGUGAUUAACUGUGUUGGAGCUGUUUUGCAUGAGUAUUUAUCUCAUGAAAUCUGGGAACUUCCUAUUGAUGAGAAGUCGUCAAAAUUAUCUCAAGGCAUGCAAGCAGAAAACUUGUCGCUCCAUUUUCUUCGUGACUCAAUCAUGCUGCACCAGGAAAUAUAUCAUCACCAUUUUCAUUUAACUAUUUCCUUUUUCCAUUUUUUGACGAAUUAGUAAACUGGUCUUAACAUCUCAGUGCCUGUCGUUUAAUCCAGGUUAUAAUUGAGGGAAUAGGCAUCUUCAACAUAUCUCUCGGGAAACAUUUUUUCAGAAGUGGUUUCAUGCAGUCUUCUAUUUAUUUGUUACUUCAAAAUCUCAUCUGCUCAUGCAAUCAAGUUAGGAGUGCGUCGGACGCUGUCCUGCGUGUUGUUUCUACUGCUUCUGGCUAUCCAACUGUAUGCAGUUUCCUUAGUCUUUUUUGUUUCUCAUGUUUGAACUGUCAAGUCAAUACUGAUGUAUGGCAUUAUAGGUGGGUCACUUAGUUGUGUCAAAUGCUGACUACGUCAUUGAUUCACUCUGUCGACAACUACGUCACUUGGAUCUGAAUCCUCGCAUCCCUGAUGUGCUUUCUGCCAUGCUUUCUUAUAUUGGUGCUGCUCAUGAAAUUUUGCCACUACUUGAGGAACCGGUAUGUGAAAGUUCAGUUAUCUGAAACUUUUUGUACAGUCAAGUACCCUUCUAUGAUUUGCCCCAUAGAUGAUGUUUAUGUAUAUGAACAAGCUUUUUGUCAUUAAUAGUAAUGUUAUGUCUUGAUUUUAUACCAACAGUUGAAAGUACUCACUGAGAGCUCUGGAAGAUACUAUUGUAUGACAUUAAAGAUGGGUCUCUAUUUUGGUGAACGUCUGCUCAUGAUAAAUUAUUAAACUAAAAUUUGAUUCGAUUCAUAUGCUUCACUGUUGUUCGUAUUCCCAUAACUUGAAAAUUAUUACGACUUCAUAAAUCAUGUUUGAUUUCUUAUAAUAUUAUCCUCUAAGACAAUGAAUAAUCUCUGUCGAUAUUGUCAAACUUCUCAAUAUAAAUUGAUGCCUUUGAGCUUUUAAUCGUCUGAAAAGAAUAAAAUUCUGCUUCUCUGCUUGAGCUUUAAUGUGAUUUCGUUUCGUGUCUCGUCUCCAGAAUCCUUUCCUCAGUGGUAGCCUUGUGAUGAUCAUACAAGUGCCCUUUUACUGCAAUGUCUCAUGACCCUUUCCUUGAUCUCUUUACCAAAAAUGAGUUGUUCAAGUUCCAGUUUUUUCCCCUUAAUUGGAUGAAAGAUACGGACACAGGAAGAACAGGUCUAUUCUUUCCCUCGUAUAUCUAAUCCUUAUGUACUUUCUCGGAUUUGUGGAAUUUAGGGUAUCCAAACUGUUUCUAAUGUAUGCAUGGAAGAUAUUAUCUUGUUGAAGUGAUUAUUUCUUUUAAAGGUUGGCCUAGAAUUAUUGUCUGAUGAUCUUCCACUUCACUAUCUUGAGUCGUUAUAGAAUGGUCUUAUAGGGAAUAUACCUUUCCUGGAUGUAAGCUGCAAAACUAGAUAAAGUCAGCAGCUAUGUUGGGUCGAAAACUUGAAUGUCUGACUUGAGUUUUUCACAGGACUUAGAUUCACUACUGUAAAUGUAUAGCAACCAACACAGUGACGGUUUAAUGCCUCAAGAAUGCCCUUCUCACUGAAUAAUCUACUUUCGACUCGAUACUAAUUAGCCCCACAUAGGUUACAUCAUUUAUAUGUCAUAUUUGUCUAAGCAUUGUCCCUAUGCUAUUGCUAUUUGAAUAUUUUUCCAUUAUUAGAUGGUGAUGGCAUUGCUCAUUUUGCUUUAAAAAUAUAUCUUGAACAUGAUUAGAUGCGAUCUAUAUCAAUGGAACUUGAAGUCCUCGGCCGGAAUCAGCACCCUGGGUUGACUGUUCCUUUUCUUAAGGUACCACGGUAACUUUUUAUUAUCUUUGUUUAGUCUUUCAUUUAAUUAUUUAUGCUGUGGGGGUCUGGAAGAAAUAUAUAUACCAUUGUGUCAUUGACUUGAGGUCAUUUCCUCGUUGAAACACCUGAAGAUGUCGGGGAAAAUUUCAGAUCCUGAUGCAGAUUGUUCAUAUAGACAAACAGUUGGAAAUGCAGAUAAAAAUGUUGGGUAUAUUUCUUCGAAGUGUAAAAGAGAGCUUACAUGAUCAAGGCCAAAAACUAAUAAAAUAGUUGUCUGAACAUGCAUGAUAAUGGCUGGGAAGUGUACGUCAGAAAAUUUGAUGAAUCUAAAUUUAAAAUCCCUUCCUUGGAAGAACAGUUAGUGUCCUUGACAAAAUAUCCAUUGGCAUGAUGUGAUUCAAAAUAAUAAUAAUAAUAAUAAUAAUAAUAAUAAUAAUAUAUUCCCAUAUGGUAAUCCUUUCACCAGAUACGAUCCUGGGAUGUCCCACUUUUGCUUAUGUAUGUUCGUCUUCAAUUUCAGUGAAUCUUCAUUUGUUCUUACUGUAAUCCUUUCACCAAAUACGAUCCUGGGAUGUCCCACUUUUGCUUAUGUAUGUUCGUCUUCAAUUUCAGUGAAUCUUCAUUUGUUCUUACUCUGCUUUUCUUUAGUGCGUUGCCCUUUGAAAUUUAAUAGGCAUAUCUGUUUACUAGUCAACAAAGUCAGGAGAAAUGUGUGGCGUGCAUGCCUACUAUAAAACCCGGUGCAUGUGAUGAAAAUCUUUGUGCAGAGAGUUCGUUUCUAGAUCCUCAGCAUAUGGGGGUGAUGUGAGACAGCCUUCACAUACUGUUCAUAAUUUCAGUAUAUAUGGCCCCUUUUCACUCCUUUCGCGACUACUUUAAGGUCUUGUAAUUUGUGGGUUUAUUAUGUCUUGUCAUCUGAUAGCACUAUGGUUCAUAAAUAAAAAAUUGACGAUAUGUGAUUUAUCCUCACAACUGAAGGUGGGGAAAAUAUAUCAUCGCAUUAUAUAUUUCGUAUUCAAUAGUUGAAAUAUUGUCACCUAAGGAAAUGCACAUUUUUCAUGCCCACACUAGUUAACAGCGUUUUGCCUCCAGUGAUGUUGGAUGUUCAAUUAUUUAGGUUGCUAUUCACAUUUGCCAUCACAGUAAUCACGGCUGAUUGCUUCUCACAAUGUUCCUAUUUUUUUAUCAAUAUAAUAAAGAAUGGUACCACAAGUUCUUGAAGUAUCAUUAGGUGUGAUGUACCAGGUAUAAAACAAGUACGCCCACAGACUCUAUUACUAGUAUUCCACAUCCAUAUUGUACCUGUAGGAGGGAUUGGCUUACUCCCUAUUUUCUGAUUCGGAAAUUUGUUGCAUAUUAGGGUUUCGCCCUUUUUUGUUAUCUUUAAAGAUUUGUAGGUGCAAAACCAUCCAAUGACUUAUUAAAGGCAAUGAAGAAGGGAAAGAAGAAGACAAAUAAUCACAUGCAAAUGUAUGCAUGUUUUAGAACGGUUUGGAUGCCCUGUAUCUACAGUCACUGAGCCCACUAUCAAUACGAGAGCUACUAGUAUGUGGUUAGGACGUCCCCCUGGGGGUAAAAGUCUUAAAUACCCUUUAAAAUUUCCCUUGCUCUCAACGGGUCUCUGCUCUCCUGCAAUCCCUCACUAACCUACCUCAAAGUUGGAUCUGCAGAACGAUGGGUGGGCCUAGCACCCUGGAAAAACUGACUCCAAACUCCGACAUGGAUUUCAUAUUCAAAAAAUUUGUUCUGCAUCUCACGGUCAUGCUGCGUGUGAUUAAGUCUUUUUGCCAUGUUCUUAGCGUGUGUACGGCAGGCUGAUUCCCUGCACGUUGAUAUUUCCUUUUCUGAAUUUAUUUAAUCUCCUGUUUUAUGCUGUAUUUAAUGUUUUCUAAGGUCAGCUGAGCUAUGAAACAUGGGUUAUUUAUUGCUAUUGCGAAGAUUAAAACCAGUUGGAAUAAAUAUUCGUGUUCAAUUCUUCUUGUGCUUCAAAGCAUUAGGCUUGCUUCCUUCUUGAUCAUGCUUUAUAGCAUUUAACUCUCCAGGUCAUAUAUACCUGUCACUGUGACAUUAAUUAUUUUCUCUAGGCUGUUCGAGAAAUCAUGAGAGCUUCAAGGCGUGAAGCUUCAGCAGUGAGUAAUGAAGCUGAAUCGUUUUACAUGCGUGUCAAAGACAAGAUCCUUAGUGCAGAGAAAGGAAGAGGGGAAAAUGGCUCAGUGAACACAGAAUCGCACGUUAGUUCCCUUGAAUCAGGUAAACCCUUUCACAGCGGGGCAAUGUUAGUGCGAGUUUGCCCUUGCUUUUGGUAAUUGCAUAUACCGUGUGUUGGAAAUUAAUAUUUCAUUUCGAUAUUACAUUUGAUAUUUCAGCAAAAACCAGCGACAAGUGCGCCAGUUAUGACGACCAGUUAGAAUACUGGGAAGAGUUGCUGAUUAAGCUGAAUGAAUUAAAGAGGUACCGACGCAUAGUUGGUUCUAUUUCAGAAUCUUGCCUAAAACCUGCUGGCCCAUUACUUGCUUCGGUUAAAGAAGCAGCUUGUCUAGCAGCACUCGACAUUGUUGAGGUAUCGUCUCAUUUGACCUAUAUCUACUGUUCUGGGUUUUUAGUAAAAGCAUCUUGAUUUAGAGGGAACCCAUUUAAUGGUAUUGGAAACGUAUACUAAUAUGAAUUUUAUUUUUUUAAUUAAAAAGGUGUUACUUCACGAAGGGCAACAUUAUAUUUCUCUUGAAAUGUUGUUAACUAGGUCUUGCAUGUCCUCUUCGAACAGAUUUUUAUGUCUGUUGAAGAAAUUAUUAACUUAUCUAAAUUGUAAAAAUGAAAUUUUGCUCCCAGACUAUAACAAUAAAGUUAGCUUUGUAGUCAUACUCCAGGUUCUUCCGAUGUUUGAUAUUGGAGAUAAACAUCAGCAUUUCGAUUUGGUUUUCUAUCAGGUAUUUACUGUUGCCAUGAAGACUUCCUCCUUUUCGAUUUGCCCCUUAAUAUUCCCCUAUUAUCACUCUAGUUCAGGUGAUUCAAGCCCUUAACCUAGUAAUUCUUCUGUCUAAUAAUAUGAUCUGAACCUACAGUCCCUUGAGCAAAUCGUUUUAUAUCAAUUUAAGCCUGAAAUAAGGCUAUCCUGAGCAUACAUAUUCUUUGAUUUCUCUUAAAAAAACAGUAGGCACUUACAGAAUUCAAGAAAUUUAUAAUGUCAUCUAUCUGAGCUAAUAGAUAAUAGAUUGCGCAACAUAUUUGGACGCUUUGGAAAAACUGAUUGAUAUGGUAUCAUUCACUUGCAACUCUUUAGAACUUGGGCCAAAUCAUCUCUGACUUACCCUAAGUUUAUGUCCAAGAUCCUUUUAAAACUAUAAAUCAUAAUGGUUUAAAUAGGCCAUCCGUCUGAUCGUAAUGCGUUUUAGGAAUCAGACCCAUGAUCCUCGAAAGCAUAAUUUGAACGAAGUUGAUCAUAUUUUCCUACUGGGUUUUGAAUUACCUGGAAAAUUAUUUUUCUAUGAUUCAUUCAUUGUACCGGACUCUUGACAGAUUGGUGAGAUAUGCGUCAUGUUUUUCUCAUUACUGUAUUUUAGCAUAAUUCUUGGAACCCACAUGCACGUUAUUUGCAACUAUCACGGGAAUAUUUAAUCAAGUUGUUCAAUCCUAUUCGAUGCCCAUAAUGUUUUGAACUUGAGUAAAGAUUAUUCUGAUGAUGCAAUGUAUUAUCGUCUGUGGUUGGUGUGUAAAUCUUUUCUCCUCCUUUUAGGAUGGAAUUGUGGCUAUUUCAAAGGUGGAGGAUGCAUACAAGAGUGAAGAACGAACCAAAGAAGCAAUUGAGAGACAAAUUCAAUCUUCUUUAUUUCAAGAUCUACAAGACAUUACAGACGCUUCAGAUGGUGGGGGAACUGACGAGAACCGUUUACUUCCCAUGAUGAACAAAAUAUGGCCGUACUUAGUCCUUUGCAUGAAGAACAGAACUUCGGUGGUAAGAUUUUUUGUUUUUCCUAGAAUCUCCAAUCUUUACCUUAAUGGGUAUUUAUAUAUAUAUAUAUUCAUUGCAUAUCACUUUAGAAAUAAAAAAAAUUGUGUUUCUCAAAUACUAGUUCAUCCGGGAUCCUUUACUUGGCCAUGACCCCUCAGUCCUGUAAAUAGAUUAUUUAUAUGGAUAAAUAAUCUCUGAACUAAGCACCUGUUGAAAAUACAAUUUUGCCCUUUUGUUUAGGUUGUCGAAAUGAAAACAUUUCAUGUGUUCUAUCAUGUUUUGGAGCCAUGUUGACUUUACUAGCUUUUAAGAUGUCGGGAUUUUAUUUUUUUAUGCUUUUAUCCGUUCAAGAAAACCUUUUUUUAUGCUUUUUUUAACUGCCCCUGUUAUGAUUCAUCUCUAAGUUUUUUAAUUGGAGACUUUAGAUCAUCCUAGGUUGCUGUCCAUGUUAAUUAUGUUCUUCUAGGUAAUGAGAAACCUUCAUUAAGUAAUGGCCGAAAAAUAAAAUUAUUCAAAAAAAAAAAAGAACCGUUGAUCGAUGCUUGAAAUUAUUUUAUUAACUUUAUUUAUUAUUUAUUUAUUUAUGAACUUCGCCGUCUUCUAAUUCUCUCAAUUCUUUUUCUUUUUUGCAUAAUUCUUAGGAAUUUGUUUGUUUCUGUGACAUUUCUUAAAAUUCUUCAGUUUUCUGCAACUCUUAAUUUAGACAUCACCAUGUCUGCAGGCGGUGAUCAGGAGAUGCACACGUGUCAUAAGCACAGCUGUCCACGCAUGCGGCGGCGACUUCUUCAUCCGCCGGUUCCGCCUCGAUGGCUCCGCCAUCUGGAACCUCUUGGCAUCGUCUCCAUUCCAGAGGAAGCCGCCGCCGGCGGAGGGCUCGAGGCCAAUCCUCCUCCCCUACCGAGCCGCCGCCGAGCCAUCCUCGGAAGACCAGAUCGUUGCCGAGGCCUCCGCCGUUAAGACCCAGGAAGCCGUGUUGAACCUGAUCUCAGAGAUCUCGGCAGACACUCGUAGCGCCGCCGCCGUGGAGGCGGUGCUGAAGAGGGUCGCCGGCCUGGUCGUCGGCAUCGCCUGCAGCGGCGUGGCGGACCUCAGGGAAGCCGCCGUGCAGGCGCUGGCGGCGCUCGCUCGCGUCGACUCUGAUCUGAUAUGGCUCCUCCUCGCUGACGUCGUCUACUCCAACAAGAACAGUGAAGCUCCUCCGCCGCCGCCUGGUUUUCCAUGGGUUUCAUCCCUUCUGCCGCCGCCGCCUUCUCCGUCGGAGCUCCUCCACCUCCGGUACGGUGGCGGAGGGUCUGGGUUCAGAGUCGACCCGGGGGCGGCGGAGAUUGUGUUCAAGAGGAUGUUGUCGGAGAUGUGCACAUGA